UAUAUAGCCCCAAAGAAUUGCAGAGAGAGAGAGAGAGAUGGUUUCUAGGGAGCAUAAGAGAGCAGCUCUGUAUGAGAAGUUGCAACUUCUUCGUUCAGUUACAAAUUCUCAUGCACUAAACAAAACCUCUAUUAUAGUUGAUGCAUCCAAAUAUAUAGAAGAGUUAAAGCAAAAGGUAGACAGACUGAAUCAAGACAUUGCAACUUCACAAAACUCAAAUGAACCACAUCCACUGCCAGUGCAGGUUACAGUACAAACAGUGGAAAAAGGAUUUCUGAUUAAUGUGUUCUCAGAAAAGAGUUGCCCUGGUUUGCUUGUCUCCAUAUUGGAAGCUUUUGAGGAGUUGGGACUGAAUGUGCUUGAUGCUAGAAUUUCUUGUACAGACAAUUUUUGCCUUGAAGCAAUUGGAGGAGAAAAUGAGGGACAAGGGAGCAUAGAUGCUCAAGUGGUGAAACAAGCUGUAUUACAGGCUAUCAAGAACUGGAGUGAAAGCAGUGAACAAGAACAAUAGAGAAUCACUUGUUAUUGCCUCUCCUCUAGCUUUCCUUUUAUCAGUCUUCUUUACAAAAUUUUAGUUAC